UCCGAGUUUAAUCGGACAGUAGUAAAAAAAAAAAAUUGGGUUGCCAUGAAUUUCAGCUAGCCAGCCACCGACAACUGUCAAUACACUUGGGUAAAACGACCCAUGUCAAGACACGAGAGGAAUUGUCGAAGUCUUUAGCCGCUUCUGUGGACACAUAAGUUAAGUUAGGGGCACACCGGCCCGCCUGAUAACCUACUGUGAAUCGAUCCUGCAGGCACAGUAACUAGUUCAGAAGACCUUGGCGCCUGCCCGUGCCAGUUCAUUUAAAGCCCAAGGGUUUUCUGAAUCCAGAAGAUGAACGGUCUGUCCAUACGAGAGCUAUGCGGCCUGUUCUGCUGCCCCCCUUGCCCCAGCCGUAUUGCAGCCAAACUGGCAUUCCUCCCUCCAGAGCCCACGUACGCCCUUCUCCCUGAUCCAGAUCCAGGCUCUGCGGCUGGAACUGCUCCAGGGUCCAGUUCCGGGACGGCUCAGCCUUCUCUUGGAGCCCCAGGACUGCGUUCCCGACUAGGCGCCGGUACUGGUGCUGACAGAGUAGGAGCGGGAGCAGUUGCUGGAGGAGGUGGCGCUGGUGGGGGUGGUGGAGUAGCAGGAGGAGGCGGAGGAGGAGGUGUUGGUGGUGCAGGUGGCAGCAGCAGCGGCGGGGGCUGGAGUGAGGGCAGGUGGAAGCUUCAUCUUACAGAAAGGGCGGAGUUCCAGUAUUCACAGAGAGAGCUGGAUCUGACUGAUGUAUUCCUGACCAGAUCUAGCAAAGGGAACCGGGUGGGGUGCAUGUAUAUUCGUUGUGCCCCCAAUGCAAGGUUUACAGUGUUGUUUUCUCAUGGCAAUGCAGUAGAUCUGGGUCAGAUGAGCAGCUUCUACAUUGGCUUAGGCACACGCAUCAACUGCAACAUCUUUUCCUAUGAUUACUCGGGCUACGGCGUUAGCACUGGCAAGCCCUCUGAGAAGAACUUGUAUGCCGACAUUGAUGCCGCCUGGCACGCCCUGCGCUCUCGGUAUGGCAUCAGUCCUGAGAAUAUCAUCCUGUACGGACAGAGCAUCGGCACGGUGCCCACAGUAGACCUGGCGUCACGGUUUGAGUGUGCCGCUGUGGUCCUCCACUCUCCUCUCACCUCUGGAAUGAGAGUAGCCUUCCCCGACACCAAGAAAACAUACUGCUUUGAUGCCUUCCCUAACAUAGAGAAAGUGUCAAAGAUCCCGUCUCCUGUGCUCAUCAUCCACGGUACGGAGGACGAGGUGAUUGACUUCUCUCACGGCCUGGCCCUGUUUGAGCGCUGUCCCAAGGCGGUGGAGCCCCUCUGGGUGGAGGGGGCCGGCCACAACGACAUUGAGCUUUACAGUCAGUACCUUGAGAGGCUACGGCGCUUCAUCAACCAGGACCUGGCGGCACAGCACGCCUGAGAAGCCAACGGCGGCCUCUCUGCGUUUGUAUGACUGACUUGUGAGAGAUUGACCUGAUUGAGCGUGAUUUUUUUAAAUUAUAAUUUAUUUAAUUUGAUCCCAUCUGUGUGUCUUUGAAGCAGCUCACCUUUAUGUUUCUUCUCAUGACACAUUUCCUGUUAGAAAGGAGGAUUUUUAAUCUCAGCAGCUUUACCCAUCUGUGUGGUGAAACGCUAAAAAGCAAAGGCUGAGAUUGAAUAACUUCACAAAUCGGGUUUUAACGUGAGGAAAUUUAUGAAUUGCAGCUUUGAAAUGUGUCGCUAACAUAACUGAAGAAGUAACAACAAUGUGCCCAAUGCCCAAAAGGCACACAGAUGUCAAUUUUUUAAGUAGAGCGUGAUAGGGAAUGUAUGAGUCAGAUGAGUGGAAAUGUGUGUGUGUGUGUGUGUGUGUGUGUGUGUGUGUGUCUGGGAUAAGAAGAGAGAGUGUGUGCUGGAAAGAAUAAUGAAGGACAGCCUGAUGACUUCAACAUCUGUGGAGGACGCUAAUAGAAACGUAUUGAUGUUGAUGUUUUUUUUUUCCCGUUUUCUUUUUGUGAGUAUAUGUAAGAAGAAUACCUCCACUGCUCGACCGGCCCUCUCUCCGGUGGACAAACACCGGUCGAGCGCUCCGUUAAUGGACGUCCAUCUGACAGCCAGUUGCGUUUCCCAAGUUGCUGUCUAGCUAACACUAACCUUCUUUAUCUAUGUGACUUGGGGGUCCAUCUCCCUGCCUUCUGGUGGUUACAUAAGGACUCGUCUGGAAUACCGUCAUAGCUUGUAUGACUGCUGAGUGUCCCGUACUCUCCGGUCGCUCAUUUUGGACUCUUGGAAAAGAUUACAGAAUGGCUGGCUUCCACUUCCUUUCGUGGCCGUGCUGUAGCUUUAGCCUUCACCUGGAGUCGGAAUUUUGCAGCAGCAACUUAUGGGGAAUUGUUUUGAUUCCCCUUCAUUGCUUCUCUCCAACCGGUCCGACAGAUUUGUGUUUACUGCCGCGUGAUGUUUAACAGUCAGGCAGACGCCACGAGUCAGAUUUAAAGGUGUUGUUUGACAUUUAGGGAAAUGCACUAUGAGAUCUGGAAGAAGAUUAAGGCGGCUGUACUUGUAUUCUUACAGCACAGUUUGUGUUCCAUUAGCUCAUCACAGCGGUUAGUCAGCCUCUCGUUCAUAUGCACAUUUGUUUUGAACCCGUUUGUUUUCCCUAUUUUUUGUCUUGAUGUAAUUAAUCCUAGCGCGUUUGUCGUAGUGUGGGGCCAUAGGUUGUUUGUUUCAGAGCCAUGCGUGUCGAUGUCAUGACCAUCGGAUCGGGUGUCCGGACAGGACGGCCUACUGAAGCUGUUUUCAAACCUCUGUGGCCCUAAAUGUACAGGAGCUCUCUUAUGGGUGGCAGCACGCUUCAUGUCUGACACAAGCCAUAUUUGAGCCGCUCACUGUUGAUGUGGUGCAGGUUCCACCACACCUACACACACACACACCUACACACACACACACACACACACACAUAUAAUACAUGUGCUGUAGAAUACAGUAUAUUGACACAUUUCUAUAUAUCAGAUCAAGCAUGACAAAAGCAGGUCUUAAGUUCAGCACUAUUGUACAAAGCAUCCAAAGUGUAACAGGGGUAUAACAUGUAAGUUUGUCUUCAUUAUUAUUAUUAUUAUUAUUGACUGUAUUUUACAGGCCAGCGUCAAGGAUACUCUACAUUCGGAUAAUUAGUACUGAACCCUGUGUGUAGAUGUUCUGGUGACUGGCUAGCACCACAUUUCAGAUGUACCCGAGGCGUCUGCUGCAUAGGAGACGCAUCAGUUUCAGUGAUGGUAGCUGCGUUUUUUGUACUCAACUAGCGCUGAUCGGAUUACUCCAUUAUAGGAGUGCCAGUGGGUUUCGGUGUGAUCACUUCAAACAGGGAAUAUUUCCAUUCUCAUCCCGUGCUUCGUGUCUCCGAUAUUUGAAUAAUGGAAAUCUGUUACUAUCUUGGACCAGUGAUCCGAGCUGAGCAGGAAUCAGAGCGUCAUCCGCUCCGUUGUUUUUUCCUGGACUGGUCGAGUUUUCAGGGAAACCUCUGGAUCCACCUUUCAUUCUUUUGGUGGAGACUUGCAGUGUUAUUGAUGCGCCACUAUGGUAGAUGUAUAUUGUAUCCUCUGGCUCUGAAUGUGUAUUGAUGGGGGGGGAGGCGGGGGGGGGUGAACAGUGAAAACUGUAUGCAUGUCUAUAGUGUUUAGCAAGGCAGUACGUUUGAACGUUAUCUCUAUUAUGUAUUCUAUGUGAGGAUGAAGCUGAACUCAUGGCAUUGGAACAUUGAAGCGCUUUAAAGAAAAAGAAAAAUGGGACGUUUAUUUUCAUUUUAAAUGCUGAUACUAACUGAUGUAUUGUUAUGAGUUUUGUGCUAGAGUUUGGCGGGGCAUUGUUACGUGGGUGGGGGGGGGGGGGGGGGGUAGACUAUACUAGUGGGCUGUUUAUAUCGUUACUGUACUUACCUAUUCUAUUCUUUGUAUUAUGAUUUUAUGUUGCUUUUUUGAACUGAAAAAAUGAUGUAAUGAAUUUAUUCAUGGGAUUGAAUCUUGACCUUUUUAUGGACAACAAAACAAUAAAAAAAGAACACUUAUGUACAAAACUCUGA